UGCUGUUGGUCAAAGAUUGUUCAUGUUAUUGUCGUGUCCAUGGAGAACUCAAAUAUAAAUCCUUUAAUUUCACCCUCCGAAGCCAUCAUCAAAAGUGAAACCAAUUUCACCGAAAUCACCUCCACAACCACUACCACCACCAACAUCAAUGGCCUAGAAUCAACAUCAUCGGUGCACAAUCAUAAGGAGACGAUUACAACAAAUAUUGUUGCAACAACAGCAUCCAAUGAAAAUGCAUCAGGAACCCAUAGUUUUCCUCUGGGUAUUAUAGAAGGUGGAGAGAAUUCUCAAGGUUCUAGUAACAAGAAUCCACCAAAUAUAUCAUUUAGCGAAAAUUCGAGUUCAUUAGUACGAUGUUUGCCGAACGAAAGAGCGACAUUUUUUGUCAAAAUCGAUACCGAUGAAAAUGAGAUCGACAUACUGCCGCUGCAGUUUGAAUGGAGUCGUGGCGAACUUCCCAUAUACAAUUCAGAUCGUUUUCGUGUCACACAGACCAGCAAUGCUGUUCAGUUGGCCGUCGAGCAUGUGCAACGUGAAGAUGCCGGCCACUAUACGCUCAUUGCUCGAACAAAGGCCAAUGAUGUUAUACGAAAGAAUAUCGAACUUGUUGUGGAAGAUCGUUCUGCGGGCGAAGAUCCGCCUGUAUUUGCCAGACGUCUGAUGGAUUUAUCAGUUAAAGUUGGUACACGAACCAGAUUUCUUCUGGAAAUACGAAGUUCAACGGAGGUUAAGCUCACAUGGUAUCGCAACGACCGUCGAAUAUGCGAAACUGAUCGCAUAAAACAAAUUCAAGAGGGCACCUAUUAUUGGCUGGAAGUGAGUCCAGUCAUCUUGGAAGAUGGUGGUCAAUGGAUGGUUAUGGCCGAGAACCUAAGUGGUCGCAACUCUUGCAUUUGCCAUCUUAAUGUAAUGGUCCCCAAGGCCUAUAAAGCCCCCGAAUUCAUAGAAGAGCUGAGAGCUGUCUUGACCCAACAGGGCACUGUUUCGCUGGAGUGUAAGGUGGUGGGUGUGCCCACACCACAAUUGCGUUGGUUCAAGGAUUCCAAAGAGAUAAAGGCUGGCGAUAUAUUUGCCCUUACGGCAAACGCUGAUGAUCCCACAUCAUUGGGCACCUACACAUGUGAGGCUGUCAAUUGCAUGGGCAAAACUUAUUCAAGUUCCAAAGUGCAUGUAGUGGGCAGAGGUAGCAGAGAGGGAUCAUUGAAACCUGCCGACAGCGUGGCAAAUGGUGCUCCACCACCAAUAUUUACAAAUGAGCUUAAAAAUGCCAGUGUUCGCAUCGGCGAUAGUCUGGUGCUCGGAUGCCAAGUGGCCGUCCCCCCAUGGCCCAAGAGUGUGGUUUGGUAUAACAAAAAUGGACGUGUCGAUGAUGGCGAACGCUAUAAACAUGUCGAAGAUGGAUUGGGUGUUUAUAUGAUCGAAAUAAAACCCUCGGAGGCUUGCGAUGAAGGCGACUGGAAAUGUGUGGUGACCAACAAUGAGGGAUGUGUUGGCAUCUCGUCGUGUGUGGUAAAUAUGGAAAUACCCAAAAAUUAUCGCAAGCCUCGUUUCAUGGAAAGUCUUCGUGCCAUUUUGACCGAUGAGGGUCUGGUCUCUUUCGAAUGUAAGGUAGUGGGUUUCCCCACACCCGUACUCAAGUGGUUCAAAGAUGGCCAAGAAUUGAAGCCAGGUGAUGUCUACCAGCUGACGGGCACAAAUUCAUUGGGCACCUAUUGUUGUGUGGCCAAGAAUUGCAUGGGUGAAAGCAGCAGUGUGGCAGUGUUGACCAUAGAGGAUAUACAAAACCAACUGAAGGAAGAAGAUCGCAUUUUAAUCGGGGCCAACAAUCAACCACCGAAAUUUUUGAUUGGCCUAAAAACGGCAGAGACCAAAAUCAAUGAGCCCUACCAAUUCAUGGUGAAAUUGGAGGCCACUCCCGAGCCAUUGUUGUCCUGGUUCCGUGAUGAAAUACCCAUUGAGGUGUGUGAAUAUUACAACUACUAUCGGGGGGAAGAGGACAAUUGGUUUUUGGAUAUAGCAAAUGUGGAAUUUUUGGAUCAGGCCGAAUGGAAAUGUGUGGCCGUCAAUGAGUUUGGCACCAGUGUGACUUCCUGCUUUUUGAAGUUGCAAAUUCCCAGGCAUUAUAAGAAACCUCGUUUCCUGGAGAGCCUGAGGGCUGUACUCACCGAAGAGGGAGCCGUCAAUUUGGAGUGCAAGGUGAUUGGUGUGCCCCAGCCCAUAUUGAAGUGGUACAAAGAUGGUGUGGAGCUUAAGCCAGGAGAUAUACACAAAAUUAUUUCGGGUCAGGAUGGAACUUGUUGCCUGGGCACCUAUACUUGUGAGGCUCGCAAUUGCAUGGGUGUGGUGGCCAGUUCGGCUUCCUUGCUGGGCUUUGAGGAUGCUCAGACCAAACAGGAGGGUGCCAAACAAAAUGAACUGCAAAGGAAUUUCUCCUUGUCCACCAUACAGGAGGAACGCACUUCUCAACUCUAUGAAACUCCUCAAGGCACCGAGGUAUCCUUCUCCUUCGAUGGCAAAGAGGUAUCGGUGUCACUGUAUGAGACGCCCGAUUUGACGGAAGAUGAAGCCAUUAAGAUCGUGGAGAUGUAUGCUGAUCAAAUAUCGGAGCAUGUCACCGAACACAAUGUGGUGGAAUUGCCUCCCUUGCGUUUUGUCAAGGAGACUUCGCAGUCGGGCAAGUUACUGAUGGAAGCUGUUGUCAUCGACAUAUCUCCCGAAUACUUUGAGCAUGAUGAAGAUCUGCGCACUGAGGCUGGUAUGGAUGAUAUUUCCUUAAACGAAAUAACCAUACAUGGCUCCUCUGUCAAGGAUGACAAGGAAGAUAUGGCAGAGCGCAUGAAGGAUGCAGAUGAUAUGGCUGGUGUUGAAAAAAUGCCCGAAGAUGAGGAAGUAGCUGCCAUGACUGCGCCUACUCGUAAGCGUAGAAAAUCCAAGGUUAAAGAAGGCGAGGACCUUAGGAGUCCCGAGAAGACCAUUAGCAGUUUGGAGGAGGCUGAUUCCUCGGAAAUGCAGACAUUUGCCAGUGCCAUACAGUCCCCAGUUGAUUCUUCGUUCUAUCAAUCAUUCGAUGAGUCUUUGCAAGGCCCUGCCCGCAAGAAGGGCAAACCUUUGACCGAGAGUGAGUCGUCUGAGCCUCAGCUACAAGAUUUGUCAGGAGCCGAGGGUGAUGGCUUGAUAAUUCCCACAGCCAAGUAUCCCAAGGUGGUGGCCAGCGAGGAGGAGAUACAAAAUAACCUAAAGACCCUUCUGCCUUUGGCCAAGAUGUUGAAAAUCCUGGAUGGCCAUUUGAAUGCCGUAGAGUCCGAGGUCAUAGCCCAGUCAGUGAUGUUAAUGACACCCUCCUCUGCCGAUCAGUCCAUAGCUAUUAUCAAAAAUGUCAUAGAACCCAUAGCCCAGAUACAAUCGAAGCUAAAGGUCUAUUCGGGAGAGACUCCUUUGGAUGCCCUAUUCGAGACCAUGAAGGAGGAUCUGCGCAACUUGCAUGUGGCCUUGCAGGUCAUCGAGAAAUGUGUGGAGAUCGAUGAGACCGGAACCACACUCAUACAAAGGACCAGUGUCUGCAUUAUCGACAGCAUAGCUGAUCACAUGAUCAAAGCCCUCAAUGAGGUCAAAUUGGUGUCCAAACUCUUCGAAAGUGAGCAUUUAAAGAACAAUUUGGUUAUAACCCUGGACGACAUCAAGCAGGGAUUGGAGAUUACCAAGGACACCAUUAAGUCACAGGCCCUAUUGCAGGAGGCCCAGGAGCUGGAGGCCAGCACGCAUUUCACUGAAACUGUGGCCAAGCUACAGGAAAUACCCGAACCACUGCCAUUUACAAAAAUUUCCGAUACCACUUUGCCCAAGGAUGCGGCCGCUGUCAGCAUGAUAUGUGAGCCGGUGCUGAGAAUCCAGGAGGCCUUGGAGCGCGUGGAAAAUGAAUUGACUUUGGAAGAGAGUGAUGAGGAUAUCUAUCGCAAGGUACAUGAGAAAAUCAUCAGCAAUCUGGUGGAGCCUUUCAACAAAUUGCAGACUGUGGUCAGCACUAUAGAAAGUAGGGCUAGUACCCAGGCCGGUUCGAGCAGCAUGGAGCAUAAAAUCAAUAUGGCGGUCUUGGAUAUAGUCUCACCACCCCUGUUCGAGCUAAAGAAGGGCCUGGAGAUCAUUCACCGCCAGCCUUCGCAUGACAUUGAAGCUGGAAAGCUAACCGUGUCUACGGUGGAGUCAAUGGUUCCACCUCUACAGGAAAUACAGAAUGGCUUGGCUCAACUGAGCCAGGAUAUAGUGGCAGGUCAUUUGGCAGCCGAGGAACAGUUCAUGGACAGCGAUGACAUGAAGAAGCUGUUGCAGUCCCUGGCCCAGGCCGUUUUGCAUUUGGAAACCAAUAUCGAGCAUAUUACCGACCGCUUGCCGCCCAGCGUCAGCUCCAGCCUCUCAAGACUGAAGGAGGAGAUCUCCUCGCUCAUUAGCCAGGUCAUAGACAAGGAGAUGGACAAAUACCAUUUAACGGUGCUGGAGAACAUCAAGAGGCCCAUUGAUGAGCUCAACUAUUGCAUAAGGCAAAUUGAGCAGAAGGCUAUUUCGGGCUCCCUCACCGAUCUGGUGGAUCCCUUGCAUAGCCUCAGCGACAAGGUUAAGGUGAGCCAAAGUAUAUUGGAUCUCUCGCCGGUGAAGCAGAACCAGGAUGUCGCCGAUACUCUCUAUAAGAUACGGGAUUUGGUCAAACGCAUUGAGAUAGGCAUUGAAGAGGCCGAGUUCCGCAGCCUGCAGAAGGAAAUAGAAUUGGAUGAGCAGCAGGCCUUAAAGGAUCAGAGCCUGUUCGCCUCCAUGCGCCAUGAAAUGGAACUGAAAAUUGAUUUGAAUGAUGGCGUCAAGGAAUUGCAACGCCUAAUGGAAAAUAUUAUACUGCUGCAGGAAAUGAAGUUCCUGGAUCAUAAACUAGAGGGCAGUCUGAUGGACCUGAAUAUCCCUCUCAGGCGCAUGGUGGAUGAACUUAAGCACCAGGAAAUCCAAGGUGUGGAUGUCAAGUCACUGAAGGCCUCAGUGAAUGCCCUAAAGACCAUAGCCAAGGCCAUUUCAAAAUUGAACAUGUCCUUGGAGAAGUUGGGUGGCAUGCGCACCCGCGAUGAGUUCCAUAAAUUCUUCUCCAAGAACUGCCGCAGCCAUUUCGAGGAAUUGAAAACGGCCAUAGAUCAAAUGGAAUACUUUGACAGUGUGUCUGGCAUUAAUUUGCCCAUCUCGGUGGCCGAUACCUUUGACAAGACUCUGGUGGCUUUGGAGAAUCUGAUUUCUCGAUGCAUUUCGGGCACCACCGCAGAUACUGAGGAAAUAUUGACCACCUUAGACGAAAUAUCUCCCAUGCGUUCGACCAUUGAAUCUCUGCCCUCCGACUAUGCCAGUGCUGCCUCGGGCUCUGGCCAUCUUAAAGCAUUCGAAGAGAAGAGGGCCCAAGUGGAUCAGCUACUGGGGCAGUUGAAGAACAGCAUAGCCUCGGUAUUAUCCCAUUGCCAGGAGGUGGAUGUGACCUCUUUGAAAGAUGACACGGCUCAGCAGAUGAAGAGCACUCUGAAUAAAAUCGAAAAUUUCCAACACUGUCUGGAAAGGAGUUUGCAAUCGCCCAGCGUGGGCAAGGCCUCUACCAUAUCUGAAGCUUCGGAUCAUCGUUCCAUAGCCGAGGCAGUGCACAGCCUUGAAUAUUGUGCCUUGCAAAUACAAGAAUUUGUGGAGUAUCAUGAUGUAAAGGCCCUGCCGGUGGAGGAAGUAUCGCAACUGAAGGCCAUGGCCAAGCCUUUGAAGGAAAUUGUGGAGGGUGUUAAGGUUUUUUAUACCCAGGGCUUGGAGCAAGCCGAGUCCAUGGCCACUUUGUCGCAGGUUUCCAUGUCCUCAUCGGCCAUGUUGAGAAGCAUAGCACCUCAUGUAUUGGCUGUGCAGGAACAUCAAGCUUUGGAUACUUUGGAGUCUAUUGCCGAAACGUCCUCCAUGUCUCAACUAAAGGAGGUGGUUCAGCCUCUAAGGGAACUGGAAAAGGCCUUGAUUUGCACUGAAGAACAGGUUUUGCUCUCGCAAAUAUCCACCCUCAGCGAGCAGGAAAGUUUGGAGCAUCUAAAGGCUUGGGCCAAACCUUUGUUGAGUCUUAAGGAGGCCAUUGUCCAUGUUAAACAGAUGCAUGCCUUCAACUCAGUGGAGGAGUGUCCCGACUUUAAGGUGGUUAAGGCUCAAUCCGCUAUGCUCUUCGACCUACUCAAAUACUGCGAGCAUAUGGAUACACAAAUCUUCGAAAACAUAGACGAACUCUCUUCGCUGGACCUAUCGGAAAUGAAGAGUUUGGCCGAAAUGCGCACUGCCUCGGGGUUAUCACAAACAGGACCGGCAGUCAUAGCCGCCCAGCAGGAUGUGCGUGUUUUCGAUUUAAAAGCUGGUGUGGCUGGUGGCAUAAAACAAUUGGAAGAGUGUUUGCAAACCACCAAACAGAUACGCGACAUUGAGGUCAGUGAGCUGGAGACUGUUAUGCAGGAUCUCAAAAAGGAUCUGCAGAAUAUGCAGGCUUAUCUGCUAGCCUCACCCGACCAGGCUUUAGGGGAGCAAUCCAAGGAGCUGAGAGAAAAGCAAGCCCAAGUGGCCAAAACCAUGUUCCGUCUCAAGGAAUGUGUUUUUCAAACCUAUGAGUCUGCUGGCUUGGAAGUGGGAUUGGAAGAAAUUGAAAAAACAUUUGAGGACCUACUGCAAGCCAUGCCCUCUUUGGAACAUCACUUGGCCAUGGAAAUGAGGGAGAAAAUCAAUUUUGCCAUCUCCGAGUUCGUGGUGACCUGUUUGCAAACCAAGCGGCCCGAAGAUUUUGGUUCUCUAAUGCAGCCCUUCCGCAGUCUUAUGGAGACCAUAAACGCCAUCAGCAAAUGCCCAAAACUGGAUAUAGAACCCUCAUCCAGUGUUAUGGUGCAAUUGCAAACCCAGCUGAUGAGCACCUUCAAUUCCAUCAAUGAUCUUGCAGAGGCCAGCAAGGAUGUGCCAAUAAAAACUGUGCUCCACGAUAUGCAGAAAGCCUUAUUGUCCACUUACGACUUUAUAGAAAACAAUGAAGGAAAUCUGAGAAUCAUUGAACUUUUGCAGGAGGUUGACUGUUUGAGUCCCCAGCUUAGGGACAUAAAUGGCCUUUUAGCUCAACCCCAAAUAGGUGAAGCCGAAAUGCUAAUGCUAAUGGAUAACGUCAAUCAAACGCAACAAUUCCUUACCGAGAUACAAGAGGGGCUGGUGCAAAACAACCCCUUGACGCAGAAAUUCAUGGAGGUCAAUCAACCCAUGGUGGCCAAAUUGAAGGAAACUCUAAACAUAGUGGAAAAAAAGUUGCAGCAACCACAGGCCUACAAUGAGCAGGAGGUGCAAAUUGCACAAAGCAUGAAAGGUUUGUUGGAAACUCUGAAGAACACCUUGCAGAACAUGCAGGCAGAGGAAGUGGUGAUGCAACAAGAACAAGCCCAAAAAGUCACCACACAAGAUGUUCAAGCAGUGAAACAAAAGGCGGAAGUUUCUCAACUCAAGGAAGAGGCUCAAAUAUUCCUUAAAGAACUGCAAGAAGCUAUGGUGGCAAACAAUCCCACGGCCUUGAAAUUCAUGGAAAAGCAACAAGCCAUGGUGGCCAAAUUGAAGGAUACCUUGACCUUGGUGGAACAAGAGCUCCAGGGACCUAAAUCUUUGAAGGUGCAAGAAAUGAAGCAUGCUCCUUUGAUGGCAGAACUUUUGCAGAAUCUCAAAGUUGAGUUGGAGCAGAUGCAAGCAGAGCAAGUUAGCCAAGAAAGCGUAGCACAAAAGGCUGUCACACAAGAUGUUCAAGGAGUGAAACAAAAAGCUGAAAUCAUUGAGAAGAAAACGGAAGCUGAACUUUUCCUUAGUGAAAUAGAAGGAGGUCUGGUACAAAAUAACCCCAUGGCCCUGAAAUUUGUGGAAAAGAAUCAAGCUAUGGUGGCCCAGUUGAAGGAAACCUUGACCUUGGUGGAGCAAGAACUCCAAGGACCAAAAUCUUCAUUGGUUCAAGAAAUGAAGCAUGCUCCCUUGAUGGCAGAACUUUUGCAAAAUCUCAAAGCCGAUUUAGAAAAAUUACAAGCCGAGGAAGUAAGUCAAGAAACUUCAGCACAAAAGCCUAUUGCUCAAGAUGUCCAAGGAGUGCGACAAAAAGCCGAAAUCGGUGAGGUGAAGACGGAAGCCCAACUCUUCUUAACUGAAAUUCAGGAAGGUGUAGUUGAAAAUAAUCCUACAGCCUUGAAAUUCAUGGAAAAGAACCAAGCCAUGGUGGCCAAGUUAAAGGAGACUUUGACUUUGGUGGAGCAAGAACUCCAAGGACCAAAAUCUUCAAAGGUUCAAGAAAUGAAGCAUGCAUCCUUAAUGGCAGAACUUUUGCAAAACCUCAAAUCUGAGUUUGAGAAAAUGCAGGCAGAGGAAGUUAGCCAGGAAAGCUUAGCACAAAAGCCUGUUGCUCAAGAUGUUCAAGGAGUGAAACAAAAGGCUGAAAUCGGCGAGAUGAAGGCGGAAGCUCAAACCUUCUUAACUGAAAUGCAGGAAGGUGUAGUUGAAAAUAACCCCAUAGCCCUGAAAUUUAUGGAAAAGAAUCAAGCCAUGGUGGCCAAGUUAAGGGAGACUUUGACUUUGGUGGAGCAAGAACUCCAAGAACCAAAAUCUUCAAAGGUUCAAGAAAUGAAGCAUGCACCCUUAAUGGCAGAACUGUUGCAAAAUCUCAAGUCGGACUUGGAAAAACUGCAAGCCGAGGAAGUGAGUCAAGAAAGCUCAGCACAAAAGCCUGUUGCUCAAGAUGUUCAAAGAGUGAAACAAAAGGCUGAAAUAGGCGAGAUGAAGGCCGAGGCUCAACUCUUCUUAGCUGAAAUGCAGGAAGGUAUAGUUGAAAAUAACCCCACAGCCUUGAAAUUUAUGGAAAAGAAUCAAGCCAUGGUGGCCAAGUUAAAGGAAACCUUAACCUUGGUGGAGCAAGAACUCCAAGGACCAAAGUCUUUAAAGGUCCAGGAAAUGAAGCAUGCUCCUUUGAUGGCAGAACUUUUGCAAAAUCUUAAAUCUGAGUUAGAGAAAAUGCAGGCAGAAGAAGUUUGCCAAGAAAGCGCAGCCCAAAAGCCUGUUGCUCAAGAUGUUCAAGGAGUGAAACAAAAGGCUGAAAUCGGCGAGAUGAAGGCGGAAGCUCAAACCUUCUUAGCUGAAAUGCAGGAAGGUGUAGUUGGAAAUAACCCCAUAGCCCUGAAAUUUAUGGAAAAGAAUCAAGCCAUGGUGGCCAAGUUAAAGGAGACUUUGACUUUGGUGGAGCAAGAACUCCAAGAACCAAAAUCUUCAAAGGUUCAAGAAAUGAAGCAUGCACCCUUAAUGGCAGAACUGUUGCAAAAUCUCAAGUCGGACUUGGAAAAACUGCAAGUCGAGGAAGUGAGUCAAGAAAGCUUUGCUCAAAAGCCUGUUGCUCAAGAUGUUCAAGCAUUGAAACAAAAGGCUGAAAUAGGCGAGAUGAAGGCCGAGGCUCAACUCUUCUUAGCUGAAAUGCAGGAAGGUAUAGUUGAAAAUAACCCCACAGCCUUGAAAUUUAUGGAAAAGAAUCAAGCCAUGGUGGCCAAGUUAAAGGAGACCUUAACCUUGGUGGAGCAAGAACUCCAAGGACCAAAGUCUUUAAAGGUCCAGGAAAUGAAGCAUGCUCCUUUGAUGGCAGAACUUUUACAAAACCUUAAAUCUGAGUUAGAGAAAAUGCAAGCAGAGGAGGUUAGCCAGGAAAGCUUAGCACAAAAGCCUGUUGCUCAAGAUGUUCAAGCAGUGAAACAAAAGGCUGAAAUCGGCGAGAUGAAGGAGGAAGCCCAACUCUUCUUAACUGAAAUGCAGGAAGGUGUAGUUGAAAAUAACCCCACAGCCUUGAAAUUCAUGGAAAAGAAUCAAGCCAUUGUGGCCAAGUUGAAGGAGACCUUAACCUUGGUGGAGCAAGAACUCCAAGGACCAAAAUCUUUGAAGGUACAGGAAAUGAAGCAUGCUCCACUGAUGGCAGAACUUUUGCAAAACCUCAAAUCUGAAUUAGAGAAAAUGCAAGCAGAGGAGGUUAGCCAGGAAAGCUUAGCACAAAAGCCUGUUGCUCAAGAUGUUCAAGCAGUGAAACAAAAGGCUGAAAUCGGCGAGAUGAAGGCAGAAGCCCAACUCUUCUUAACUGAAAUGCAGGAAGGUGUAGUUGAAAAUAACCCCACAGCCUUGAAAUUCAUGGAAAAGAAUCAAGCUUUUGUGGCCAAGUUGAAGGAGACCUUGACUUUGGUGGAGCAAGAACUCCAAGGACCAAAAUCUUUGAAGGUACAGGAAAUGAAGCAUGCUCCUUUAAUGGCAGAACUUUUGCAAAACCUCAAAUCUGAGUUUGAGAAAAUGCAGGCAGAGAAAGUUAGCCAGGAAAGCUUAGCUCAAAAGCCUGUUGCUCAAGAUGUUCAAGCAGUGAAACAAAAGGCUGAAAUCGGCGAGAUGAAGGCCGAGGCUCAACAAUUCUUAACUGAAAUGCAAGAAGGCAUAGUUGAAAAUAAUCCCACAGCCUUGAAAUUCAUGAAAAAGAAUCAAGCAAUGGUGGCAAAGUUGAAGGAGACCUUGACUUUGGUGGAGCAAGAACUCCAAGGACCCAAAUCUUUGAAGGUCGAGGAAAUGAAGCAUGCUCCUUUGAUGGCAGAACUUCUGCAUAAUCUCAAGUCGGACUUGGAAAAACUGCAAGCCGAGGAAGUGAGUCAAGAAAGCUCAGCACAAAAGCCAAUUGCUCAAGAUGUACAAGGAGUGCGACAAAAAGCUGAAAUCAGCGAGAUGAAGGCCGAGGCUCAACUCUUCUUAGCCGAAAUGCAAGAGGGUCUGGUUGAAAAUAAUCCCAUAGCUUUGAAAUUCAUAGAAAAGAAUCAAGCAAUGGUGGCCAAGUUAAAGGAGACCUUGACUCUGGUGGAGCAAGAGCUACAAGGACCCAAGUCCUCUAAAGUUGAAGAAAUGAAGCAUGUACCCUUAAUGGCAGAACUUUUGCAAAAUCUCAAAUCCAAUUUGGAGAAGUUACAAGCUCAGGAAAUUAGUCAAGUAAGUCCAGUGCAAAAGGCCAUUUCCCAAGAUGUUCAGGUGGUCCGUCAAAAGGCCGAGAUUUCUGAAAUAAAAGAAGAAGCUGAACUCUUCUUAAGCGAAAUGCAAGAAGGUUUGGUGGAAAAUAAUCCUACAGCGUUGAAGUUUAUGGAAAAGAAUCAAGCUAUGGUGGCACAGCUGAAAGAAACUCUUACUCUUGUAGAGCAUAAUCUGCAAGGACCUACAUCAACGAAAGUGCAAGAAAUGCAGCAUGUACCCUUGAUGGCAGAAAUUUUGGAAAAUUUGAAAACAAAUUUGGAGCAACUACAAGCUGAGAAAAUUUCUCCCUCAACAGAAGCCCAAAAAGCCAUUUCCCAAGAAAUUCAAGUUCCCAAGCAAAGGGCGGAAAUUUCUGAAAUGAAGGCAGAAGCCCAACUCUUUCUGACCGAAAUUCAAGAAGGUUUGGUAGAAAAUAAUGCCAUGGCCUUGAAAUUCAUGGAAAAGAAUCAGGCAAUGGUGGCCCAGCUGCAAGAAACUUUGACCUUAGUGGAACAUGAGCUCCAAGGACCAAAAACAACUCAAGUAGAAGAGAUGAAAAAUGUGCCUCUAAUGGCAGAACUUUUGGAAAAUUUGAAAUCCAAUUUGGUGAAAAUGCAGGCAGAGGAAGUUAGCCAAGAAAACAAGCCCCAACAGGGUAUUGAAUUGGGUGCCUCACCUGAACAACAAAAAGCUGAAAUUUCUGAAGUGAAAAACAAAGCAGAAGCUGUAGAAGCUUGCGUCAAUAAUGUCUUGCAAAAAUUGGCCGCCACCCCCGAAGCCCAAGAGCUUAAGAAUGAUUUGGAGGAAGCUGUGAAAUCGCAAAGUGAAGAACAAAAACGAAAAUGCAUAUUAAAAUUGCGAGAACAAAUUGUCCAUACGUACGAUGGACCCAUGGUCAAGGAUUUAGAGAACGUUAUCGAUGCCCUGCUCGACAGUUGCCCUGAAUUGAUAGAAACCCUAAAUUCCGAAUAUACCCAAAAUAUAGGAAAUGCCAUCAAAUCUUUAAAACUUAAGAUUGACUCUGUCGACACCAAACCGUGGCAACCCAAACUGGAAGGUCUUAAUGCGAAACUUUCCAACAUCCAAAAAGUUGCUGACAAUUUGAAGCCGGUAAAGGACACCGAGAAGUCUUCGGUUAACAUGAUCGAAUUACAAAAGAAUCUUAUGGACUUAUUCGUAAUGUUUGACGACAUGUUGGAAUUGAAGCAUGAUGAGGUGAAACCUGAUUUGGAGAAAGUGAAAUCCUUGGCUCUAGCCCAAUAUGAUGCCAUUGAAAAUGCCGAAAAUAAUUUACGAAGUCUUAAUGUCUAUGAAGAUAUACUGAAACUUUGUAAAUCUAUGGAAGAGGUCAUCAAAAAAGUUUCUCCCAUGUUAACUGGACCAUUGGUAGUGGCAGAAGUUUCAGAAGUCAAGGCUGAAGAGGUGAAGCAGCAAAAGUUGAAGGUUGAAGAAAAGAAGGCUGAGGAGAAGGAUAUCAAGCAAGAUGCUGGAAAAGCUGAAGUUUCUGAAGUUAAGGCUGAGAAAGUAGAAGAAAAGAAACUGGAGACUGAAGCUAAGAAGCCAGAAGAGAAAGAAGUUAAAUCGGAGGCCGGUAAAGCCGAGAUAUCUGAAGUUAAGGCCGAGAAAUUGGAAGAAAAGACAGUGGAAGCUGAAAGCAAGAAGCCCGAAGAGAAGCAAGUCCAGAAAGUGCCAGGAAAAGCCGAAGUUACUGAAGUCAAGGCUGAAAAAGCAGAAGAAAAGAAACUAGAGGCAGAGACCAAGAAGGUUGAAGAGAAGGAAACUAAACAAGUUACUGAAAAGGCCGAAGUUUCCGAAGUCAAGGCUGAGAAGGUGGAAGAACAGAAACUGGAGCCUGAAGCUAAGAAGGCAGACAAAAAGGAUGUCAAGGCUGAAGCUGCAAAGGCUGAAGUCUCCGAAGUCAAGGCUGAGAAGGUGGAAGAACAGAAGCUUGAGGUUGUAGCUAAAAAGGCAGACAAAAAGGAUGUCAAGGCUGAAGCUGAAAAGGCUGAGGUUUCCGAAGUCAAGGCUGAGAAGGUGGAAGAACAAAAACUUGAGGUUGAAGCUAAGAAGGCAGACAAGAAGGAUGUUAAGGCUGACGCUGAAAAGGCUGAGGUUUCCGAGGUUAAGGCAGAGAAGGUGGAAGAACAGCAGCUUGAGACUGAAGCUAAGAAGGCAGACAAAAAGGAUGUCAAGGCUGAAGCUGAAAAGGCUGAGAUUUCCGAGGUUAAGGCAGAGAAGGUGGAAGAACAGAAGCUUGGGGCUGAAGCUAAGAAGGCAGACAAAAAGGAUGUCAAGGCUGAAGCUGCAAAGGCUGAGAUUUCCGAAGUCAAGGCCGAGAAAGUGGAAGAACAGAAACUGGAUACAGAAACAAAGAAGGCAGACAAAAAAGAUGUUAAGGCUGAUGCUGAAAAGGCUGAGGUUUCCGAAGUUAAGGCUGAGAAGGUGGAAGAACAAAAACUUGAGGUUGAAGCUAAAAAGGCAGACGAGAAGGAAGUUAAGGCUGAAGCUGCAAAGGCUGAGUUUUCCGAAGUCAAGGCCGAGAAAGUGGAAGAACAGAAACUGGAUACAGAAACUAAGAAGGCAGACAAAAAAGAUGUUAAGGCUGAUGCUGAAAAGGCUGAGGUUUCCGAGGUUAAGGCAGAGAUGGUGGAGGAUCAGCAGCUUGAGACUGAAGCUAAGAAGGCAGACAAAAAGGAUGUCAAGGCUGAAGCUGAAAAGGCUGUGAUUUCCGAGGUUAAGGCAGAGAAGGUGGAAGAACAGAAGCUUGAGGCUGAAGCUAAGAAGGCAGACAAAAAGGAUGUCAAGGCUGAAGCUGAAAAGGCUGAAGUUUCCGAAGUCAAGAUCGAGAAAGUGGAAGAACAGAAACUGGACACAGAAAAAAAGAAGGCAGACAAAAAAGAUGUUAAGGCUGAAGCUGAAAAGGCAGAAGUCUCCGAAGUUAAACCUGAGAAAGUUGAAGAACAGAAACUUAAGAUUGAAUCUAAAAAGGCAGACAAAAAAGACGUCAAGCCCGAAGCUGAAAAGGCUGAAGUUUCCGAAGUCAAGGCUGAAAAGGUGGAAGAAAAGAAAGUGGGCACAGAAGCCAGAAAGGCUGAAGAGAAGGAAAUUAAAAAAGAUACCGAAAAGGCCGAAGUUUCCGAAGUCAAGGCUGAAAAAGCAGAAGAAAAGCAAUUGGAGAACGAAGCCAAGAAGGCGGAUAAAAAGGAUGUCAAGGCUGAAGCUGGAAAGGUUGAAGUUUCCGAAGUUAAGGCUGAGAAAGUGGAAGAACAGAAGCUUGAGGCUGAGGCUAAGAAGGCAGACAAAAAGGAUGUCAAGGCUGAAGCUGAAAAGGCUGAAGUUUCCGAGGUCAAGGCUGAAAAGGUGGAAGAACAGAAACUUGAAGCUGAAGCUAAGAAGGCAGAGAAAAAGGAUGUCAAGGCUGAAGCUGAAAAGGUUGAAGUUUCCGAGGUCAAGGCUGAAAAGGCGGAAGAAAAGAAAUUGGAGGACGAAGCCAAGAAAGCAGACAAAAAGGAUGUCAAGGCUGAAGCUGAAAAAGCUGAAGUUUCCGAAGUCAAGGCUGAAAAGUUGGAAGAAAAGAAACCAGAAGAGAAAGACGUUAAAGAGAAAUCUGAAAAAGCCGAGGUCGAAGCUGAUAAGAAAUCGAUUACACAGCCCUCUGUUUCCAUUGCUGAUAUCAUUCAAGCAGCACUUAAAACUUUGCCAGGCACAAAAGAGGCUAAGGAUAUAAAGAAGACUUUAGAGGAUAUUUUGAAAUUCACAAAGAAUGAUCAAAAACAUAAUGCUAUUCUUAACUUAAAGGAGUAUAUUGUCCAAAACCACGAUGGAAACUUCAAUAACGAAAUUGGCAAUGUCAUCGAUGCCUUGCUCGAAGGUAAUACUGAACUCAUCGAUUCCAUUAACUCCGAAAACUUGUCACAACUGGUGGCUUUUAUCAAUCCUCUUAAGAAGAAUGUUGAAUCCGUCACUCUGAAACCUUGGCAACCCAAAUUUCAGGGUCUUAACACCAAACUAACGAAUCUUCAAAAUGUAGCCAACGGUUUGAAAUCUCUGAAGGAUGUAGGCAAGUCGUCGGUCAAUAUGAUAGAAUUGCAAAAGAAUCUCAUGGAUAUUUUUGUUAUGUUCGAUGAUAUGCUUGAAAUUCAGCAUUCUGAUAUCAAACCAGACUUGGAGAAGGUUAAAUGCUUGGCUCUUAAACAGUACGAUGCCAUUGAAAAUUCUACGAAUAAUGUUCGCACUUUGAGUGUCUAUGAGGAUAUAAUGAAGCUUUGCAAGCACAUGAACAAGGUGGUGAAUGCAGUGUCGGAUGGCGGUAAGGACAAAUCUGAAGUCGAACUUGAGGAAGUGGAAGAGAAAACUCUCGAAAAACAAGCCAAGAAGGAAGCUGAGAAGAAGGAAGCUGAGAAGAAGGAAGCUGAAAAGAAAGAAGCUGAGAAGAAGGAAGUUGAGAAGAAGGCAGCCGAGAAGAAGAAAGCUGAAAAGAAAGAAUCUGAGAAGAAAGAAGUUGAGAAGAAGGAAGUUGAGAAGAAGGAAGCUGAAAAGAAGGAAGCUGAAAAGAAGGAAGCUGAAAAGAAGGAAGCUGAAAAGAAGGAAGCUGAGAAGAAGGAUGUUGAGAAGAAGGAAGCUGAGAAGAAGGAAGCUGAAAAGAAAGAAGCUGAGAAGAAAGAAGUUGAGAAGAAGGAAGCUGAGAAGAAGGAAGCUGAAAAGAAGGAAGCUGAAAAGAAGGAAGCUGAGAAGAAGUUAGCUGAAAAGAAAGAAGCUGAAAAGAAGGAAGUUGAGAAGAAGGAAGCUGAGAAGAAGGAAGUUGAGAAGAAGGAAGCUGAGAAGAAGGAAGCUGAGAAGAAGUUAGCUGAAAAGAAGGAUGCUGAAAAGAAGGAAACUGAAAAGAAGGAAGCUGAAAAGAAGGAAGUUGAAAAGAAGGAAGUUGAGAAGAAGGAAGCUGAGAAGAAGGAAGCUGAGAAGAAGUUAGCUGAAAAGAAGGAUGCUGAAAAGAAGGAAACUGAAAAGAAGGAAGCUGAAAAGAAGGAAGUUGAAAGGAAGGAAGCUGAAAAGAAAGAAGCUGAAAAGAAGGAAGCUGAAAAGAAGGAAGCUGAGAAGAACGAAGUGCAAAAGAAGGAAGCCGAGAAGAAGGAAACUGACAAGAAGGCAGCUGAGAAGAAGGAAGCUGAGAAGGUCGAAGAAAAGAAACUGGAGGCCAAAACUAAAAAGGUAGAAGAACAGAAUGGUAAGAAAGAAGCUGCAAAGGCGGAUGUAUCCGAAGUCAAGCCGGAAAAAGUCGAGGAAAAAACGCUUCAGUCUGACAGCAAGAAACCCGAAGAGAAGGGUGAGAAAACUGAGGAAAAGAAACUGGAGAGCAAUGCCAAGAAGAUUGAAGAGAAAGAAGUUAAAAAGGAUACUGCCAAGGCUGAUGUUGCCAAAGUUAAAGCUGAAAAGACUGAAGCGAAAGUUGAAACAGCGGAGCAAAAGAAACUCGAUGCUGAGGUUAAGAAGAGCGAGGAGAAGGAUGCCACGAAAGACCCAUCAAAGGCUGAGGUUUCCGAAGUCAAGGCUGAAAAAUUGGAAGAAAAGACAACUGAUGUUAAGGCUAAGAAGUCUGAACAAAAGGAUGCCAAGAAAGAAGCAUCAAAGGCUGAAGUUGCCGAUGUCAAGGCUGAGAAAACGGAGGAAAAGAAACUUGAUGCCAAGACUAAGAAGGUCGAAGAGAAGGAUGCCCAGAAGGAACCUUCAAAGGCUGAGGUUUCUGAAGUCAAGGCUGAAAAGGCAGAGGAAAAACAACCUGAGGCUAAAAAGACCAAAGAGAAGGAAGCACCUAAGGCUGAAGAAGCUACCGAUAAGUUGUUGGAGGAAUGCGUUAAGAAGGCUUUGGAUAAAAUUGGAGCAAAAACUGACACUCAAAACCUUAAGAAUAUACUAAAGGAUGUGCUUAAAUCCCGUACAAAUGAUCAAAAACGCAAAUUCAUCUUUGAAAUCAGAGACAUUUUGCUUCAAAAACAUGCAGACGCCAAUUUUACCGCUGAAGUCGAGGAUGUUGUAGAUGCCUUGCUAGAGGAAAAUUUGGAUCUGAUAGAGUCGGUCAACAGCGAAUAUGCCAAGAACAUUGAAAGCUUUAUAAAAACUUUGAAAUUAAGAUUAAGCAGUGCGCCCGUCGACCCUUGGGAGGCCAAAUUCGAUGGUUUACAUUCCAAACUUUCUGGCGUACAAAGCGUUGCCAAUAAUUUGAGGUUGGUGAAAUAUGAAGAAAAAUCUGCAGCCAAUAUGAUUGAGUUGCAAAAGAAUCUCAUGGAGAUAUUUGUAACGUUUGACGAUAUGUUGGAUGUCAAAGAGGUAGAAGUAAAACCAGCCUUGGAAAAUGUAAAAAAUAUGGCCUUGAAGCAAUACGAUUCCAUAGACCAAACCCAGAAGCGAGUAAGGUCAUUGAAUGUUUACGAUGACAUAUUGAAGUUGUGCAAAUCCAUGGAUGCUGUGGUUGAGACUAUCGAAAAGAAGGAAGUUGAAAAGAAAGAAGCUGAAAAGAAAGAAGCUGAAAAGAAAGAAGCUGAAAAGAAGGAAGCUGAAAGGAAGGAAGCCGAAAAGAAGGAAGCCGAAAAGAAAGAAGCCGAAAAGAAGAAGGCGGUAAAGAAGGAAGCUGAAAAGAAAGCAGCAGAAAAGAAGGAAGCCGAAAAGAAAGAGGCAGACAAGAAGGAAGCUGAAAAGAAGGAAGCUGAAAAGAAGGAAGCUGAAAAGAGGGAAGCUGAAAAGAAGGAAGCAGAAAAGAAGGAAACUGAAAAGAAGGAAGCUGAAAAGAAGGAAGCUGAAAAGAAGGAAGCUGAAAAGAAGGAAGCUGAAAAGAAGGAAGCAGAAAAGAAGGAAACUGAAAAGAAGGAAACUGAAAAGAAGGAAGCUGAAAAGAAGGAAGCUGAAAAGAAGGAAGCUGAAGAGAAGGAAGCUGAAAGGAAGGAAGCUGAAAAGAAGGAAGCUGAAAAGAAGGAAGCUGAAAAGAAGGAAGUUGAAAAGAAGGAAGUUGAAAAGAAGGAAGUAGAAAAGAAGGAAGCUGAAAUUAAAUCAGCCGAAAAGAAAGAAGCAGAAAAGAAGGAAGCAGAAAAGAAGGAAGCAGAAAAGAAGGAAGCAGAAAAGAAGGAAGCAGAAAAGAAGGAAGCAGAAAAGAAAGAGGCAGAAAAGAAAGAAUUAGAAAAGAAGGCAGCAGACAAGAAGGAAGCAGACAAGAAAGAGGCCGAAAAUAAGGAAGCAGAAAAGAAAGAAGCCGAAAAGAAGGAAGCAGAAAAGAAUGAAGCCGAAAAGAAGGAAGCAGAAAAGAAAGAAGCUGAAAAGAAGGAAGCGGAAAAGAAAGAGGCCGAUAAGAAAGAAGCAGAAAAGAAGAAACUUGAAACAGAGAAAUCCAAGGAAGAGGACGCCAAGAAACAACCCACUGAAGCAAAAGCAAAGACUGAGGAAGCAGCCGAAACAAAGGCACCUAAGAAGAAAAAAUCCAAAGAAGAUAUCACCGAUGUCAAGGCUGAAGAAACGAAAUCUGAAGAGACAGCACCUAAGAAGAAAAAAUCCAAAGAGGAUAUCACCGAUGUCAAGACGGAUGAAAAGAAACCAGAAGAAAAAGCAAUUAAGAAAAAGAAAUCCAAAGAAGACAUCACAGAUGUCAAAGCUGAAGAAUCCGAGGACAAGAAGGAUACUAAAAAAAGAGGAUCCAAGUCUGAAAAAACUCAAGUCAAGGUUGAAAAAUCCGAUGAGGAGAAAGAUGUCAAAUCUAACGACACUAAGAAGGAGGCAACCAAAUCAGCAGCUACAGAUGAAAAGCAAGCCGAAGUUGAAGCUAAGAAAGAUGCUAAGAUCUCAAAACCAGAAGAAAAGAAAUCUACAGAGGCUGCAGAAGAAAAGAAAACCGAAAUCGAUGUGGAUUCCAAGAAAGUCAAGGGAAAAGAAAGUCCCAAGAAAAAGAAGAAGCCUGCUGAAGAGGAAUCUCAAGUUGUUGCCGCAUCCACCACCAGCCCUGAGAAAACCAUAUCUGCCGAACCCACUAAAGAAUUGGCUAAAGUUACAGAAACUCAGCCCAUUCAGCCAGCAGAAACCAAUUAUCGUAGCAAACGUCCUAUGGAUAUUGAAACUGACUAUCGUAGCAAACGUCCCACAGACAUUGAACGUUCUGCUGAUCAAAUUGAUACCAUUGCCCACAAAUACGACGGCACCGUAUCGACCACCAAGAAAUCCAAUGAAUACAAAGAUCUUAAGGAACAACGCAGUGCCAAACGUAUGCCCACGGUGGAUAUCAAAUUGACCAAUCGCAAUUCGUCGGUGGGCAGCGACAUUAAAUUGACCUGCAGCAUCUCUGGCAAUGACCUACAAGUGCAAUGGUAUAAAGACAAAAAACUCAUCGACACCAAUUCGAAAUAUCGCAUCACCCAAAAUGAUGGUCUAUCGUGUUUGGAAAUCAAAUCAGCCGACCAGCAAGAUGCAGCCGUUUACAGAUGUGUUGCCUCGAAUCGUAAUGGUGAAGUGGAAACUAGCUGCCUCGUGACACUAUAUGAUGUACCCACCAACAAGUUUGGCACCCCGCCCAUAUUCACUCGUAAUAUCAGAGAGUACUAUCACCUGCGCGAUGAUGAGCUAACCAUUGAGGUCCAUGUACAUGGUGUCCCCAGACCUGUGGUCACCUGGUGGCGAGGAGUGUUCGAACUCAAACCCAAUGUCAAGUUCACCAAGCUGGAGGAGGCCCAUGGUGUCUACAAGCUGCUGAUCUACAAGCCCAACAAUCGCGACAGCGGCGCUUAUCUGUGCAAGGCCAUCAACUCCAGUGGCGAAGCCCAAAUCUCCCACACCAUUGAAGUAGGCAAAAAUUUGCAUUACCAUGUGCCUGGUAUCUUCCAUGCCCGUGGCCGCUUGAGCCGUGUCAAAGAGGAGGAAGCUCGCAAGGCCAUGGAACAGGCUAUGAAAUCUAAGGGUGAAUCUGACCAAAAGCGAGCCGAGGCUGCUGCUGCUGUAAAGGCAAGAGCUCCUCGCGCCUCUCCCGAGCCCAUGGUAUCGGGUAAACAAAAAUUGCAAUUUGCCACCCAGUUGCGCGAUCGCAUGGCUCUGGAGGGCACCAAUGUACGUUUCGUGUGCAACGUCAUUGGACCCCAGGCCAGUUGCCGUUGGCAAAAGGAUGACAAAUGGGUUACAGUGAGCGAUACCAUCAAGAAUCUCAGUGAGGAGGGCAAGGGCGUCCUCGAAUUGCUAAAAGUGAAUGCCGAAUCGUCGGGCGUCUACAAGUGUAUUGCUCGCAAUGAUUUCUGCGAAAUCGAAACUUCGUGUUACUUCAAGGUGUAUUCGGCCCAAGUUGAUGGCGAUGAGCAUGAACCCAUUUUUGCGCUACCAAUCAGAGAUGUUUACCAUUCAUCUCAGAACGAUUUGGUUAUCGAUACCAAGGUACGUGGCAACCCUCGUCCCGUCAUUACAUGGACCAAAGACCAAUUGCCUGUAGUUCUCGACGAUCGCAUUGUGCAAAUCGAGCACUUGGAUGGCAUUUGCGAGCUAAUCAUUAACAAGCCCACACCCAGCGAUUCCGGCAAAUACACUUGCAUUGCCCAGAACAAAUUAGGCAGCCAAGAAUCAACGCACAGUGUGCAAGUGGAUGUCAUACACACCGCCAGACGCUCCAGUGUUCUGUCCAGCGUUAUGAGUGAAGGCGAGGGUAGCCAAAAGGGGGCCAAGGGUGAACGCCCUGCCCGCCUGCCCAAGAAGAAAGACGAAGAGGGUAGCGCCAACUAUGAGAGACGCAGCCGUAUGCCUGAGCCACCACCAAGAUCUCAAUUGUAUUUCGAUGCCAACAUCUCCAACCGCUAUGUGGCCAUUGGUGCCAAGGUAAAAUUGCAGGCAGUGGUCAAUGGUCCCAAUCCCACCUGUAAAUGGACCAAAGAUGAUCAAAAUGUUCAAUAUGGACCUCGCAUACGUAACAUGAAUCGCGAUAGUUUGGCCUCUUUGGAGUUCUUGAAUUGUCAACCGGAAGAUACCGGAACCUACACCCUCACUGCCCAAAAUGAGUACUGCAAAAUUACCCAACAGGCCAAGUUGUAUGUUUAUGAUCCAAAAACGGCCACCGAGACCGAACCCGUUUUUGUAAGGCCCCUCAAAGAGACCUACCACUUGAACACCAAUGAAUUGGUUUUGGAGACCGGUGUACGCGGUGAACCCAUGCCCAAAGUUCAAUGGCUUCGCGAUAACAUUGACAUCGAGGAGGGUGGUCGCUUCCAUACCUUCUAUCAUGCGGAUGGCACCUGUGAGCUGGUCAUCGAUUGCCCCAACAUCAAGGACAAGGGCAAAUACAUUGUUCGUGCCGAGAAUUCCGCUGGCAAGGCUGAAGUCACCCAUUUGGUGCACUUUGAGGGUAAGGAACAUCAUAUUGCCGACAACAUUCAUGGUGUCUUCCAUGCCGACAAGAAUCUGCUCAAACCCAAACAUGUGGAGCCAGAGAAACCCAAGGUCUUGGCAGGCGACAGUGAAUCCGAGACCGAGAGCAAGGGAGGCAAAGGCAAGGGUAAGAAGGCGCGCAAACCUCGCAAGGACGAUGAAUCGGAAACGGAAGUUGCCUCUUCGGCAAAUGUUUCUGCCAUGGAAACAGCCUCCGAAACUGGCAGCUUGAAGAAACGCGAAAAAGUCAUCGGCAUUUAUUUCCCCACCAACAUGAAGGAUCGUGUGGUGGCCGAGGGCUCAAAGGUCAAGAUCUCCUGCUUCUUGGAGGCCAAGGAACCCCAGGUGAAAUGGUUCAAAAAUGGCGAACCCAUGCAAAAUUCUCCCAAGUGUCGUGGUCGCUACAAUGAAGGUUUGUGUACUUUGGAAAUUCCCAAUGCCGCCCUGGAAGAUGCAGGCGAAUACAAAUGCUGGGCCCGUGAUGAAACUGGCGAGGCUGAGACCUUCUGCCGUCUAGAAGUCUAUUCAGAUCCUGGCACCGGCGAUGUGCCACCCACUUUCACGCGCAACAUCAAGGACACCUAUCAUGGCAAGCUGCAUGAACUGCAAUUGGAUGUGCAUGUGCGUGGUCUGCCCACACCCACUGUGACCUGGGUCAAGGAUGGUGUGCAAAUUGAGGCCAAUGAAAAGUACCAACAAAUCGACCACGAUGAUGGCACUUGUGAACUGUUCAUCAUGGAUCCCACCCAGGCAGACAGUGGCAAGUAUGUGUGCCAAGCUGAGAAUCGUGAAGGCCAAGCUGAAAUUUCCCAUAUGGUCACUGUAAAGCCACGCGUACGCCGACCUGUUUCGCCCAGCAAGGAUAGGCCACCUGUCAAGCCCACUGGUGAUACCGAAACUGAAGAUGAAACCGCCUCCAAGGAUGGUGGUGGCUCCAAGGAUGGCGAAGGCAAGGAGAAGAAAAAGAAGAAGAGGCGCGAUGAUGAAGACGGCGGUGGUGGCGGCCGUCGCCGUGAGGCCAUGCCCCCACCAGAUCUUAAGAAGCAACUGUACUUUAGAAACUUCCUUUCGAAUCGCACCGUCAAGGAGGGCUCCAAUGUCAAAUGGAUGGUAAACAUUGAUGGUCCCGAACCCACAGCCCGCUGGUUCCACAACGACAACCCCAUUGCCUUCGGACCCAAGAGCAAGUUGUCCAUGCAGGAUGGCAUUGCCUGGCUGAAUUUGAUAGGGGUAACCGAAGAGAAUGCUGGCACCUACACCCUCAGGGUCAAGGGCCCCGAAAAUGAAAUUGUCUCCUCCUGCACUCUAUUUGUUUACUCCACGGGUAAAGAAGAGGCUACGCCUCCGGUCUUCGCCAAAGGCAUUAAAGACACUUAUUCUCUCACUGAAAAUGAGUUGGUUUUGGAUUGCCGUGUACGUGGUAAACCACGUCCCGAAAUUCAAUGGCUUAAGGGUUCGGAAAUGUUAAUACCUGGUGAGAAAUAUACUCAAAUCGAUACCGAUGAUGGUUUCUCCAAAUUGAUUAUACACAAUCCCAACGAAAGGGAUUCGGGAGUGUAUGGCUGUCUGGCACGCAAUGAGGCCGCCGAAACUAAGAUCACUCAUCAAGUUGUCUUCAAGGGACGUGAACAUUUUGCCCUGGAAAAAACCUUGGGCUUCUAUCAUCGUGAUCCCAAUAAGCCACAUUUGGUUUCGCCCUUGGGCAAUCAAGUGGUGUGCGGUGGUGGUACCAUUGCCAUUACGGCAGAAUUCAUGCAGACCACCACACCCAUUGAUGUGCAAUGGUUCCGUCGUCGCGAGCCCUUGGCUGGUCAACCUGGUGUUAAGACCUUCUACGAAAAGGGAGUCUACACUUUGGCCAUUAUGAAUGCUUCGCCCGAACAUGAGGGUUCAUACACAUGCCGAGCUCAAAAUGCCUUUGGUCGCAUUGAAUCACAUGCCACUGUUGAUGUAGCAGUGGGCGUAGAGAAGGCCGAAAGACCGCCAUUGUUCUUGUCCAGACCGGAAACGGAAAUGAAGAUUGCUGUGGGUGAUCCCUUCUCUCUAUCGUUUAGAAUUGCUGGAGAUCCAAAACCAAAAUUGACCUUCAUGAAGGGCACCAAGGACAUCACAAAAUCUGAUCGCGUCAGCAAAGAAGUCUCCGAUGAUUAUACCCGUUUCACUGUACAAAAAUCACAAAUUGCCGAUUCUGGCACUUACUUUGUGGUAGCCCGCAAUAACAAUGGCACCGACAGAAUAUUCGUCACAGUUGAGGUUAUGCCUAGAGCUCGUUCUGAAACUCCGUCAGCACCAAGAUGGGGCCUACCAGUAGAGAGUUAUCCCGAUGUUUCAUUCUUCAAAGAUCCACCGGCUGCCAUUACCACUGAACCGCUGUUGGUUGAUUCGGGUCCCACUCACAUUUCCUUGUCUUGGGGCAAACCACCAUCUUAUAAUUCAGCUCCUGUUAUAGCCUACCGAGUUGAAGCCUGGAUUGUGGGUCAUGAAGGCGGAGCCAUUUGGAAAGAAUUGGGCUUGUCUCCCAUCAAUUCCUUUGAUGCAUUUAAUCUCAAGCCUAAUGUUGAAUAUCAUUUCCGUAUUACUCCGAAAAAUCGUUACGGUUGGGGUCCUUCGGUACAAACCUCCAAACCAUUGCAGGUGGGCGGUGUAGAGUGCCUUCCUGAGUUUACCACCAUAUUGCCUGGCCAGGUUAAGGCUUUGCUAAAUAAGGAAUUUGUUUUAGAAUGUGUGUUACGCGGCAGUCCUCGCCCGGAUAUUAUCUGGUACAAGGAUGGCCUGCGCCUAGGCAAUAAUCCCGAAAAUGAACGCGUGAGAACAAGAAAAAUUGGCUCAACCUGCACCCUGACUCUCAAGCAAGUUUUGGAAUCCGAUACUGGCCGCUAUACCUGUGAGGCCACCAAUUCCAAGGGCCGUGUAUCCACAUUUGCCCGUCUGCAGGUGGUCUCCGAUGAGAAACUGUUCGAGGCCGAUAACAAACUCAAGGAAAUUGUACGCAGCGCUGAUGGCUCCUUCCCAUUCGAUUCAUUGCCCAUAUUCACUAUGCGUCUUAGAGAUCGUCGCGUACAGGUCACCUAUCCUGUAAGGAUGACCUGCCAGGUGGUGGGCCAUCCCCAGGCUGAGAUUUCCUGGUAUAAGGAUGACCAACUUCUAGAGUCCAGCCAACAAUGUCACAUAUCACAAGAUAAUCAAUUCUAUACUCUGGAAUUGUCCAGCACUAAUCUAAAUGAUAGUGGUGUAUAUACUUGUACGGCCAAAAAUGAGCUGGGCUCCGUAUCGUGCCAUUGUUCUCUUGUGGUGGACAAAGGUAUUCGUGCCUAUAUCUCUCCAGAGUUCUAUGUACCUCUCGAUCCUUUGUACAUAGUUCAGGAGGGUCAAGAAAUGCGUCUUACCGCCAAAGUGGAAGCUUAUCCUGCUGUGGGUGUAUCCUGGCAUCGUAAUGGUGUUAAAUUGAGACCAAGUCGUCGCCUGACAGCUACCUUAGAUGCCACCGGUUUUGUGGAAUUAGUGAUAACCGAUGUUCGUCUGCAUGAUGCCGGCAUUUAUACGUGCGUUUCAUCGAAUGCCGUGGGCAAGACUGAAAGUAUGUGUCGUGUAUGCAUUGAGCCCUUGGAGGAGAUGGAUGAUGAACAAAGGCAACAAGAAAUGAAGAGACCUGUGCCAGGACUAUGGAGAACUGAUUUACCUUACUCCAAAGAACCUUUGUUUGUUGUUAAACCACGUUCUAGCGAAGCCUAUGAAGGUGAUACGGUUAUCAUCUUCUGUGAAGUGGUUGGUGACCCCAAACCAGAAGUUGUCUGGUUACGAGAUUUCUUAAAUCCCGAAUACUACAAAGACGCACCACAUUUCCGUCGAGUUGGUGAGGGACCUGAGUAUCGCUUGGAAAUUCCAUAUGCAAAAUUAGAUUUCACCGGUACAUAUUCUGUUAUAGCCACCAAUUGUCAUGGCGAAACAAAGGCUGUAAUCUCAUUACAAAUAUUUGCCAAAGAUAUUUUAAAUCAAAAACAAAUGGAGAAAGGAUCUAUAAGACAUGGUAACAUUGAAACUUUGCCCCGCUUUAUACGCUCCCUUCGCAAUUUGCGCUGCUGUGAUGGUGAUACCAUUACCUUAGAGGCCCACGUGGAGGGUCUACCCGAACCCGCCAUUAUAUGGGAGAAGGAUGGACGUGUAUUGCCCAGUGGCAGCAAAGACUACGAUAUGACCUAUGAUGGCAUUAAGGCCACUCUACGCAUACCUCGCAUCUAUCCCGAAGACGAGGGUGAAUACACAUGUGUGGCCAAGAACAAUAUUGGCCGCAAUUUAUCUUCUGCCUGCAUAAUUGUUGAUGUACCCGAGGAAAAGGAGAAUAUGUUGAACAGACAAUUGUCAAGACCCAGCGGUUUAUUGCUAUCCACCACUUCUACACCCCUGUCCACACCGCGUUCCACACCCAUACGCAGUUUUUCGCCUACACGCAGACUCUCCUAUCGCAGCUCGGGCAUAGACAUUAACGAAAGUAGACGCAGCUAUCAGGAUCUAAAUCUGCCUUCCUCUGCUCCGAAAUUCUUAGCCAUUCCGAACAGCCGUGUCGUGGAGGAAGGAGAAAAUGUACGCUUCCAGUGUGCCAUGGCGGGUAAUCCCACGCCAUGGGCCACUUGGGACAAAGAUGGUUUAAUUAUCACACCCACUGGCCGCAUAGCCGUCAAGGAAGUUGACGAUCUGCGUUAUUUGGAAAUCGAAGAUGUCUCCUUCGAUGAUGCUGGUUUGUAUCGCAUUACCUUGGAAAAUGAUUAUGGGCGCAUAGAGGCAACGGCACGCCUGGAUGUCAUUAAGAGUUCUCGCUAUUCAAAGUCACCUUCCGGUCGCAGUAUACGAGCCUCUUCCUCAAGGCGUAAUGCCCCCCUGCAUAGACGACUGAUGGGUCCUUCAACGGCAAUUGGAGGUCGCAUGGCCUUGGCUGCUGGUUAUAGGGGUUCCUCAGUGCCCUCCUGCAAGUUCUACCACAAUGGCAAUGAAAUCCCAAUGGAUCACCCAGAUAGCAGGUUCCAAAUGCACCUAUGUGAAGAUGAGGUUUUCCUAUUCGUUGACAAUGUUUCCAAGGCUGAUGAGGGCACCUACACUUGUCUUAUUGAGGGUGAGGGCCACGACCCCAUUGUCACAUCGACUGUGGUUGAGUUUGUGCCAAGCUGUAAAGCCACCGAUGACGACGCCGAUGACACUGAAACCAUUAAUGCAAACAUUAAGCCCAGCGUGUGUAAAAUCAUUAAACCACUGCCAGAUGCGGUGGAACACUAUGAAGGUGAAACCAUUGAUUUGUGCUUCGAAUUGGAAUGUAAUCAACCUUACACGUACACAUGGAGCCGCAAUGGCGAGCUCAUCAAAGACUCUGAAGACUUUAGCUACAUUGAUCAUGGCAAUGGUCUAUUGUGUUUGCGAAUAUUCGAUGCCUUCGAUUUGGAUUCUGGCCUCUAUACCUGCCACCUAACCACAAAUAAUGGCGAAUGCGAAUGUUACACAUCAACCAACUUGAACAUCGAACGCCAUUCGGAAGCCAAUACAAGCUGUAGUGGCUUAGAAUUGAUCAAAUCACCUUUACCCGUACUGUUGUUGACCGAUGACGACGCAUAUAGCACAACAUCGAAGGCAACAUUUUGUUGCCGCGUCUAUCCCUCGGACGCUCAGGUUACAUGGUAUGUGUGCGGUCAUGUGGUCAAUGAAAAUGUUCGCAAUGACGUUGAUGAUGAUGAUUCAUGCGGAUUUACGCUGGAGUCAUCUCCCACCGAUGGUUUGCGCAUUUUGCACAUAAACAAUGUUACCUUGGCCCACAGCGGAGAAGUUCAAUUGGUCGUAACACAUCCUGGUAAACCAUGCUCCAGUCUUAAAGCAUACACAACUUUGGCCGUAAUACCUAAACCGUCCACGAAGCAGCUGCAACAGCAACAACAGCACCAGCACCAUAACCUACACAACACAAUUGAGGAACACGUGCCCAUUAAAGAAAACGCCAAAGAUCAACUACUCCAACAGCAGCAACAGCAACAACAACAACUACCCGCCUGUAUUUUGGAAGGUCCACAAGAUUGUACAGCGCUAAUUGGAGGUUGCGUUCGUCUGUCUGUCAUUUAUGAAGGAUUACCAAAACCGCAAGUCAUCUGGUAUAAGGCGAGCCGUCCCAUUGUUGAGACUUCGAAUACUAUCAUCAAUACAUCAUCACGAAAAUCUGUGCUGCAGAUCUCCGAUAUAGAUACCGAUGACAGUGGCAAAUAUUCGGUAGAGGUAAUGAAUGAAUUUGGCGUCGAUAUUGCUUCGGCUUCGGUAGCCGUAGAGGGACCACCAGAGCCACCAAGCGGCAAGCCGAGCAUAUCUCAAGGACCAGAUCGUGUGGCAAUAGCAUGGUGUGGUCCACCAUAUGAUGGUGGUUGCAUGAUAACUGGAUUUAUCAUUGAAAAACAACAAUUUGAUUCCUCCUCCCCACUUGAUCAACAAGAAAAUGAAUCAUCAUGGAUGGAAAUUGCCAGUGUGGUGGAUUCUUUGGCAUAUACUGUAAAAAAUCUAAAGCCUUCAUUUACCUACAGAUUCCGCGUAAGAGCUGAGAACAUACAUGGUCGCAGUGAACCUGGUUUACCCAGCGAUCCUGUGCAUAUUGCAGAAGAUUCAGAAGACUCAACAGAUGACUUCCAAAGGCCAAUUUCUAUUAAAGCUGGCGGUGAGUUUAAGGAUCGCUUUCACAUUCUCGAAGAAUUGGGAAAAGGUCGUUUCGGUGUCGUUUACAAAGUUCAAGAGAAAGAGGAAUCCAAUCGUAUAUUGGCUGCUAAAAUGAUUAAAUGCAUUAAAUCUAAGGAUCGCGUAAAGGUUCAGGAAGAAAUUUCCAUAAUGAAGUCAUUGAAACAUCCUAAACUAUUGCAAUUGGCUGCUUCGUUUGAGACCCCCAGGGAAAUUGUUAUGGUCAUGGAGUAUAUUACCGGUGGCGAACUCUUCGAGCGUGUGGUGGCCGAUGAUUUCACUUUAACAGAACGUGACUGCAUACUCUUUGUACGCCAAGUCUGUGAAGGUGUGGCCUACAUGCACAGCCAGUCCAUAGUACAUUUGGAUCUGAAACCAGAGAAUAUUAUGUGCAAGACCAGAACAUGCCAUCAAAUUAAAAUCAUAGACUUUGGUUUGGCCCAGCGGCUUAACACGGGUUCCCCAGUGCGAGUUCUGUUUGGUACGCCGGAGUUUAUAUCACCUGAAAUUAUCAGUUAUGAACCCAUAGGCUUUCAAUCCGAUAUGUGGAGCGUGGGUGUCAUAUGCUAUGUUCUCUUAUCUGGCCUCUCACCUUUUAUGGGUGAUACUGAUGUUGAGACAUUUUCCAAUAUUACUCGUGCUGAGUACGAUUUUGAUGAUGAUGCCUUUGAUUGUGUCUCACAAUUGGCUAAAGAUUUCAUUUCAAAUCUUUUGGUACACCGCAAAGAAGAUCGCUGGACCGCCGAACAAUGUCUAGAGUCACCGUGGCUGCAACAGGGUCAUCGUGACGAAAAUCUGGGCAAUAAGAAAAUAUGUACCGACAAACUUAAGAAAUUCAUUAUACGACGUAAAUGGCAAAAAACUGGCAAUGCUAUCAGAGCCUUAGGUCGCAUGGCCACUUUAUCAGCUUCGCGUCGUAAUUCAGCAAUCUCAACGGCCGGCUCUUUGCCAAGUAGCCCCAGGCCUUCGAUAUCGGGCAUGGCAAUGUUUAAUCCCACUAUAAAUACAACAUCUGCCCCCAUGGGUUCGUUACAUGAAGAAGAUGAUGACUUUAGCAUCGAAUUACCCAAUGCUGUUCACGAAAUUACCCGUCGCAGCCCAAAGGUGGUAACAAAAUCCCAAUGCAGCGAACGCAGUGAUUCAGGCUAUAGUGAGUGCUCCAAUUGUAGCGCCACCGGUCUGCAAUGUCAAUGUCCCAGCAAGGAUAAUGUGGAUCAUGCUCCACCGGAUUUGCCAGAUCUCUCCAUAUCUGUGCCACAUGAUUUGUUAAAAUUGAAACUUGAAGAAAUUGCCCAUCAGGCAGAUCAUAACAUUGAAGAGGUCAAACUGGAGUUGGUAGUGCCAACGGCAAAGACACCACAACUCGAUGCAAAUCAAAAUGAAUUGAAAACCCUGAAUAUUGCAGCUAACGACAAUCAUCCCUCCAUACCGGUCAUUGAAGAUCACAUUGAAGUACUUAAUAAUAAUUCAUCCUCAAACACCACCAACCCCAACACCCCCCAGACAAGUGGGGGGCCCAUGAUUAUGCGUUCCGAUUUCACCAAUACCAUACAAAUGCGUAAGAAAUCUCUCGAAAAUAGUUUACUUAAAGAAAAGCCCAAGCCAUGCAGCAAGCCUCCUUUGUGCGAUAAAUCCGGAAAGGUAAAUAUGCUAAGGAAUAAAUUCUCGUGCAUGGAACACCAAGUGAGUACACAUGCAGCCAGCGGCGGCAGUGGGUAUGCAAAGAGUAAAGAUUGCAUGGAUGUUUUAAAGCUGAAACGCAAAGUUUUAACCGAUGCUUGCUCUAAACAAACAGGCUCCACAACAACUUCAACUUCCUGCUCAUCCAGCCACUACUCAACUUCAUUGCCCAGCUCUCCAAUACCAGCCCGAAAGACGUCUCCGAUUACUACGUUCCGGUUAAGCGAUCGAGUUCGAGAAGUUACCGAUCGUUUGGCUCAGCAACAGACCGUUUGCACCGAGGCUAGACGAACACAAAUCUCUAAUCGAAAUAAAUACUAAUCAAAAAUCUUGAAACCUUGAAAGUAUACAUAUUUUUUUAUUUGUUUAAAUGCUUGCUUUUAAUUCUUACUGUUUGUUUUCUUGUUUUCUCUAUAUUUUUAAUAUACAUACAAUACAUAUAAUAUAUGCAUAAAUAAUAGUUUUAGUUAAGAAAUGUUGUUAUUAAGAAAUGUUUUGCGAAUUGGCAUCGUUUUAACUAUAAUUGUUUUUUUUAUUAUUUAAUAUUUUAUUUUUCAACAAAACAUAAAUGUUAAACCCAUAUCCCUCCAAUCAAAAACAAAAACAGAAAUGAAUGGAAAAACUCGAAUAUAAAUAAGUUGCAAAAAAAACUCUUGUACUAAAUCAAACAUAA